AGAACAUCCCAUUAACAGAGCAAAACACCUCGGCUCUGGCAAGUGAAGAAUUCCACUUCCUGGAAGCUCAAGUGCAUAUUCCACCAUGCUCCGCCGGGUAUAAAACCAUCUUUCGGUAUCGAACAAGAUUCGACACGGCGCUGUUGAUUAUCGCAGCAGUAGCGUCAGUUGCAGCCGGCGCCACCAUGCCUUUGAUGACUGUGAUACGAAUCCUUAACCGGGAGAUGGGAUCAAGCGGCUAAUUCCUCUGGCAGGUGGUUAUGGGAUCUCUCACCGGGCAAUUCAGUGAUAGCCUUACGGGUGCUUCGUCUUCUGAUUUCCUUCAUUCAACUACACACCUGAUCCUCGAUUUCGUGUACUUGGGAAUCGCCUGUCUUCUGACUACUACCCUCAGCUCCUUUGGGUUCACGCUGGUCGGCGAGUCGAUCACAAAACGUCUACGGAAUGCAUACCUGUCCGCCGUUCUUCGCCAGAACAUUGCGUAUUUUGAUUACACGGGCCCCGGUGAGGUGACGACUCGGAUCACCAAUGAUAUGAAUCUGAUCCAAGAUGGUAUCUCUCAGAAAGUCGGUCUUCUACUAACUGGCGUUUCGGGGUUUUUCGCUGCCCUGAUUGUUGCUUUGGUCCGUGACUGGAAAAUGGGCUUGGUCAUGCUCUGUCUUCCUGUUGCUGUUAUUUUGAUCAUGGGCGGCUUAGGCUCCAGAGCGAAGGCAUAUAAUGAGUCCAGCAACAACGAAUAUGCAGAAAGCGGAACCCUGGCCGAGGAAGUCAUAUCCUGCAUUCGGACUAUCACUGCCUACGGUUCCCAGGAACGGUUUCAGAAGAAGUAUGAGAAGAGCCUAGAGCUGGCAACCGCUCUUGACUUCAAAGCUAAGAUGGCUAUGGGCACAAUGAUGGCUAUGAUGUUCAUGUGCAUGUUCUGGGGAUACAGUCUUGCAUUUUGGCAAGGAAAUCGAUUCCUUCAACAGGGCAACUCCAGCAUCUCACAGAUCAUCACCGUUCUAUUUGCAAGUUUCCUUGCAGGAACUAUGCUUGGCCAUGCUGCUCCGUUCAUUGCCGCCAUUACUCAGGCUGGAGGCGCAGCCAACCGGAUCUUUGCUACCAUCGAGCGAGUAUCUCCAAUCGAUCCAUUUUCUCGGAAUGGAACAAGGCUUGACACUGUGCGAGGCGACAUUGAGUUUCGCAAAGUCAGAUUCGUCUAUCCCGCCAGAAUGAAUCAUGUCAUCCUGGAUGACUUUAGCCUUCGUGUCAAGGCUGGAAAGACAACAGCAAUUGUAGGACCGUCGGGUUCCGGUAAGACGACUUUAUUCUCUUUGAUCGAGCGUCUGUAUGAUCCAGUACACGGACAAGUGUUUUUGGACGGUGCCUCCAUCCAAGACCUCGAUGUCCAUUGGCUACGCUCCCAGAUUGGACUCGUAUCCCAAGAUAAUUUUUUGUUCAAUACAACUGUCUACGACAAUAUCAUCCGUGGGUUAGGUACCACUGUUUUAGAGCUUGACGACAAGAAGGCAAUGGCCCUAGUGGAGGAGGCUGCUAAGAUCGCAAAUGCUCAUGAGUUUGUUUCGGCGUUGCCAAACGGUUAUUUCACCAAAAUCGGGGAGAGAGGAUCUACUCUUUCGGGUGGCCAGCGGCAGCGAAUCGCCAUCGCGAGAGCCAUUAUUUCGAAUCCUCGAAUCCUCCUGCUCGAUGAAGCCACUGCUGCGCUAGACACCAAAAGUGAAAGCGUAGUCCAAGAGGCGCUUUAUGCAGCAGCCAAGGGACGGACCACUAUUAUUAUUGCGCAUCGUCUUUCAACAAUCAAAAGGGCCGAUUCUAUUGUUGUUGUCGAGCACGGAAAGGUUACCGACCAAGGGUCUCACGAAGAGCUGCUAGCUAAGGAAACAACAUAUGCGCAUUUCGUCCGAGCACAGCAGCUCCAAAAUGGCAACGAGGCAACGGAACACGCAGGAGAUAUCGGGAUCAUGAGCCCAGAGGAGAUGGGUAACAAUCCGGAGAUGGCACAGACAUCCCCCCAUAAUCUAGAGCUGCCACUUCAAUCUCGGUCAACCGAAUCGUCACUCUGGAGACUGACGAAACUCAUUUGGUCCAUAAAUGCCCCGGAGAAGAUGUAUUUGAUCCUCGGUAUUCUUUGCAGCACGCUGGCAGGGCCAGCCUACCCCGUCCAAGCCAUAUUUUUCGGCAAUGCGAUUGUCUCUUUGGUCGAUCCGGCACUGAGCACCGGGUCUCACACUCUCAACUUCUGGGCGCUGAUGUUGUUCUUACUUGGGAUUUUCCUGUUUGCCGUCUAUAUACUGCAAGGCUUCUGCUUUGCUAUAGUCGGAUCCCGCCUGGGCUCGAGAGCCAGGACCCAGGCGUUUUCUUCCAUUCUUCGGCAAGACAUGGCCUUCUUCGACGCCAGAGAAAACAGUUCUGGAGCUCUCACGGCCUUUCUGGCGGUGGAAGCGAGCAAACUUACCGGUAUCAGCGGUGCUACUCUCGGGGCGAUCCUCAACAGUGUCUUGACACUCGUUUCUGCCAUUGUUGUAGCCUGUCCGUUUGGGUGGAAGCUCACUCUUGUAUCCAUGUCUCUUGUGCCACUCAUACUUGCCGGAGGAUUCUUCAGAUUCUGGUUCGUCAGUCAGAUCGAGCGCCAUAUUAAACGAGACACCGACGCUGCUGCCUCUGCAUGCGAGGCGGUCUCUGGGAUUCGAACCGUUGCUGCCCUGGCUAUCGAGGAGCUUAUUCUCAAGGAUUACGAGCAAAAGCUCUCUAGGGACCGCUGGAAAAGCAUCCAAUUCGAGUUUGCCUCAAGCCUGGGCCAUGCACUGAUCCAAUCCCUUCAUCUGUUCAUCUCCGCUUUUCUCUUUUGGUACGGUGGUACGCGACUGAUCGGUUCAGGUGACUACAAUGUCCAGCAGUUCUUUAUUUGCUUCACUGCGGUUAUUUGGGGCGCCCAGGCUGCCGGGUCUAUCUUUUCAUAUGCCCCGGAUAUCGUUGGAGCCCAGGAAGCCGCCGCUCGACUGCAUUCCCUGAUCACACACGAGCCCGAUAUCGACAUCUCUUCGGCCGACGGGGAACCUGCCAGCUCUGUACUUGGACACCUGGAAGUUGACCAUGUGGACUUUUCGUUUGCUGCAAGGCCCGAACGCCAGGUUCUCCAGGACAUCAAUCUGGCUGCCCAUCCUGGCACUUUCGUUGCUCUCGUGGGAGCAAGCGGGAGCGGCAAGAGUACUGUUCUGAACCUCAUCGAACGGUUCUACGAUGUAACUGGCGGGUCGAUUGUGGUUGACCAGAAGAAUAUCCGCCGGUACCAACUCCGUGAGUUACGAAGACAGAUUGCCCUGGUCGAGCAGGACUCGGCGCUGUGUGGCAGCAGCAUUCGAGAGGCUAUACUAGGCGACACGGAGGAUGUCAGUGAUGAGGACAUUAUGCAUGCAUGUCGAGAAGCGAGCAUACAUGAUUUUGUGGUAUCUCUCUCGGACGGACUGAAUACGUCGAUUGGAGCACGAGGGAACCGAGUCUCUGGCGGACAGAAGCAGAGACUCGCCAUCGCGAAGGCACUUCUUCGCAAGCCCAAGAUUUUACUCCUCGAUGAAGCAACAUCAGCCCUAGAUGCAGAAUCUGAGAAACUCGUGCAACGCGCCCUCGACGCCGCAGCCAAAGGCCGCACGACGAUCGCCGUGGCUCACCGGCUGAGCUCCAUCGCGCAUGCACGUCGGAUCUACGUCUUUGCCAACGGGCAGGUCGUUGAGAGCGGCUCGCACGAGGAUCUGCUGAAGCGACGCGGCAAGUAUUGGGAGUUGGUGCAGUUGCAGAGUCUGGGGAAGUGAUUUACAUUCUGUCUACCAAUAUAUUUCUUACGAGGUCUGUUGGUUAAGUUUCAUGUCCAGACCUCUGGCUCCAAC